CGCGCGCGCGCGCGUCCUAUAAAUAGCGGACACGGUGGCCACCGUCUCCACUGCGCUCAAGCUCGAGGACGGACAGUGCCCGACAUGGCGACGACGAGGAGCAAGCAGGCCGCGCUCUUCUUGCUGGUAGCAGCGGCGCAAUGCCUCGCGCUUCUCUCCGGAAGUACGGCCGCCGCGGCGAAGGCCCGGACGCGGCAGGGCGACCACCUUGACCGGCUGCGCGGGUCGCCGUCGUCGCGCCAGUCGUGGGCGUCCCUGGCCGCCUUGUCGGCCGAGGAUACGAGCGCGCCGUCGCCGUCGCCGUCCCCGGCGUCGUCCUAUGGCCGGCGCGCUGCGCCGGCGUCCGUGGACGUUGGGAGCAAGGAGGCCGACCGCGUGGCGGGGCUGCCGGGGCAGCCGAGCGGCGUGGACUUCGCGCAGUACGCCGGGUACGUGACGGUGAACGCCACGGCCGGGCGCGCGCUGUUCUACUACCUCGCCGAGGCCAACGGCUCCGCCGCCGCCGCGUCGUCCAAGCCCCUCCUCCUCUGGCUCAACGGGGGCCCCGGCUGCUCGUCGCUGGGGUACGGCGCCAUGGAGGAGCUCGGCCCGUUCCGCGUCAUGAGCGACGGCAAGAAGCUCUACCGCAACCCCUACUCCUGGAACAACGUGGCGAACGUGCUGUUCCUGGAGAGCCCGGUGGGCGUGGGGUUCUCGUACUCGAACACGACGGCGGACUACAGCCUGAUGGGCGACACCAGCACGGCGGAGGACGCGUACCGGUUCCUGGUGAACUGGAUGGAGCGCUUCCCGGAGUACAAGGGCCGUGACUUCUACCUCGCCGGCGAGAGCUACGCCGGCCACUACGUGCCCCAGCUCGCCCACGCCAUCCUCCGCCACUCCUCCGCCGCCGGCACCGGCAAACCCUCCUCCUCGCCGAUCAACCUCAAAGGCAUCAUGAUCGGGAACGCGGUGAUCAACGACUGGACGGACACGAAGGGCAUGUACGACUUCUUCUGGACGCACGCGCUCAUCUCCGACGAGGCCAACGACGGCAUCGCCAAGCACUGCAACUUCAGCGACGCCGCCCCCGACAACGCGCUCUGCGACAACGCCACCACCCUCGCCGGCGAGGCCCUCCAGAACAUCGACAUCUACAACAUCUACGCCCCCAACUGCCAGUCCGCCGGCCUUGUCUCGCCGCCGGUCGCCCCAUCGGUCGACAGAUUUGAUCCGUGCACGGAUUACUACGUGGAUGCCUACCUCAACAACCCUGAUGUGCAAAAGGCGCUGCACGCAAACGUCACCAAGCUUGAUCACCCGUGGUCAGCUUGCAGUGACGUCUUGAGAAGCUGGGUCGACAGCGCUUCAACUGUUCUGCCGAUAAUCAGGGAGCUCCUGAAGAACAACAUCAGAGUCUGGGUCUACAGUGGAGACACUGAUGGGAGAGUGCCUGUCACUUCCAGCAGAUACUCUGUCAACCAGCUCAACCUUGCAGUUACUGACAAAUGGAGACCAUGGUUUAGCAACACUGAGGGUGCUGGAGAUGUUGGUGGAUACGUUGUGCAGUACAAGGGGAACCUUAGCCUUGUAACCGUGAGAGGAGCAGGCCAUGAGGUCCCCAGCUACCAGCCACAGCGAGCUCUUGUGCUUGUCCAGAAUUUCCUUGCAGGAAAAACGCUACCUGAUUGCCAAAAAUGUGGACAGGCUUAGGCAGAAAACCUCUAUUUACAAAUAUAAUUAGUGAUGUAUUAUGACCACAAGUUUGUAUCAUUGGCAUUGUUGUACCCAUUUUAGAUAGUGCAAGAAAGAAGCAAAUCAAAUGAUAUAAGAAAGUAUAGAAACCAUGACCUUGUGCACUUAGCAGAUCAUGUAACGGCAGUUCUGCAAAUGAUUUUAUAUAGAGAAAAGAAUGUAAGA